AUGAGUCGAUUUGUUUCCAAGAAUAGGAAGGACGUGAUGGACCUCAGCGGAGAGGAGCGGGCCAUUUGGGAAGCUGAGCAACUGUCAAGUUCGUUGGAUUUACAAUCGAUCCCCAUUGAUGCGGCGCCAUUUCAGCUCGUCGAGAACACCUCAAUUCUCAAGAUCCAUUCGGUGUUCUCACUGAUGGGUCUUCGUCGAGCGUACGUGACAAAGCUUGGCCGUCUUGUUGGAGUAGUGUCUUUAAGAGAGGUGCGUAACUGUCAAAAUAGGUCUUAUUUGAGGGCUGUGUCAGGACGGAAUGACGGUAUGGACUCAUUGUUGCGGACCGAGAUCGAGGACAUCAACCAUGCGUCAGCCCAUGGAUCAAUUAAAUCAGUGGAUAGCUGA